AUGGUUCUUGGAUGCUUCCUGCGGCAACACCUCUUUCGGGAUCCCGACGCCGGGUCGCCAACAACAUUAAACGAUAUCGGCGUCAAAUGUGCAAAGUACAAAUGCCCGUACUGCGAUAAGCGAGGAGUCUCGGUCGCGACAGUAACUUUGCACAUCAAGUCACGGCAUCCUGGUAAACCGCACAACGAGUAUUUUGAUGAA